AUGGAGAGCUCAGAGAGCAAGACAGAGGACCCCAGCUGGAAGCCAGCUUUGUGGGGGGGCACACCACAGUACGACUAUGUCUGCUUUGAGAAAUGCACCCGGUACGGGAUUCCCCUGGAGGCAGGACACGAGGCCGGGCCCACACGGGACGACCUGCGCUCCCCGGAGAACUCCCUCAGCUACCCACAGCUGUAUGGCCGAUACACAGACAGGAUAACAGAUGAUAUUUCGGACAAGGAAGCAGCAAAGCUGCUGAAGAAACAGGCCCAAAGGAACAAUGGAAGACCCCUGAAACGUGACAGUCAAGUACAGAUCAAAGAAGAGCACUAUUCCAAAUGUCAAGACUGUGCUAAACGCAUCCAGAAAUAUGUCACCAAGAAGCUUGGAGAGGACUGGAUUUUCUUGGUUCUGUUGGGUCUGGUCAUGGCGUUGGUGAGCUGGGGAGUGGAUUAUGCCAGUGCAAAGACCGUACAGGCCUACAAGUGGAUUUAUGGAGCACUGCACCCCAAUGUCCCCUUGCAGUAUGCCGCGUGGGUGGCUGUCCCGCUCGGCCUGAUCCUGUUUGCGGCCAGCUUCUGCCACUUCGUGUCUCCACAGGCUGUUGGGUCUGGGAUCCCAGAGCUCAAGACCAUAAUGAGGGGAGUGGUCCUCAAGGAGUAUCUCACUCUUAAAGCUUUUGUGGCCAAAGUUGUGGCCCUCACAGCUGGGCUUGGAAGUGGCAUGCCUGUGGGGAAAGAGGGUCCUUUUGUGCAUAUUGCCAGUAUCUGUGCUGUGGUACUCAGCAAGUUCAUGUCGAUCUUCUGUGGGGUGUAUGAGAAUGUGCAUAGGCAGCUCGACCUCCUGGUGCCGGCUUGCGCAGUUGGAGUCGGAUGUUGCUUCAAGGCUCCUCUUGGAGGGGUUCUUUUCAGCAUCGAGGUCACCUCCACUUACUUUGCUGUGCGCAAUUAUUGGAGAGGCUUCUUUGCAGCCACCUUUAGUGCCUUUGUGUUCCGAGUCCUGGCUGUCUGGAACAAGGAUGCAGUUACCAUCACAGCCCUGUUCAGAACAAACUUCCGCAUGGAUUUCCCCUUUGACCUGCAAGAGCUGCCAGCAUUUGCUAUAAUAGGCAUAUGUUCUGGAUUCCUUGGAGCCUUUUUUGUUUAUCUCAAUCGCCAAGUGGUCCUGGGCAUCCGACGUCAUAAAGCCCUGAGCCAGUUUCUCACCAAAUACCGACUGAUAUACCCUGCGGUUAUAACCUUCUGUAUAGCGUCUGUGACGUUUCCUCAUGGAUUUGGGCAGUUCAUGGCAGGAGAGUUGAUGCCACGGGAAGCCAUCAGCACUCUCUUUGAUAACUAUACCUGGAUCAAACACUCUGGGGACACCCAGAUCCUAGGGAAAUCUGCUGCCUGGAUCCAUCCUAAAGUCAGCGUCUUUGUCACCAUCCUGCUCUUCUUCCUCGUGAAGUUCUGCAUGGCUGUUAUUGCCACCACGAUGCCAAUCCCCUGUGGAGGCUUCAUGCCUGUUUUCGUAUUAGGUGCUGCAUUUGGACGUCUCAUUGGGGAAAUCAUGGCAUCACUUUUUCCCAACGGGAUCCUCUUUGAUGACAUUCUCUACCAAAUCUUACCUGGAGGGUAUGCUGUCAUUGGUGCAGCAGCUCUGACAGGAGCAGUGAGCCACACUGUCUCCACCGCUGUCAUCUGCUUUGAGCUGACGGGUCAAAUCUCUCACAUCCUGCCCAUGAUGGUGGCUGUCAUCCUUGCCAACAUGGUGGCCCAGAGUUUGCAGCCCAGCCUCUAUGACAGCAUCAUCCAGGUGAAGAAGUUGCCCUACCUGCCAGACCUGGGCUGGAAUCACAUAAGCAAAUACAAUAUCUUUGUUGAGGAUAUUAUGGUCCAAGAUGUGAAAUUUGUUUCCUCCAACUGUAAAUACCGAGACUUGCAGGAGGUACUCCAAAGCACCACAGUGAAAUCUUUGCCUUUGGUGGACUCGCCAGAGUCCAUGAUCCUGCUGGGGUCUGUAGAGCGGUCGGAGCUGCAGGCUCUCCUCCAGGCCCACAUCAGCCCAGAGCGGCGGCGGCUCCUCAACAGAGAAAGGCAGCAGAAGCUGAACGAGGCGCCCUACGAUGGACCCUGGGCAAACCUGCCCAAGCUGAAGCACGAAUCUUUUGCUUAUGUCGAUGAGGAUGAGGAUACAGAGGAGAAGGGAGAGCUGCCUCGGCCCCCAAGUCCCACUCCCAGUUACCCAGAGGAGCCAAAUGGCCCAACAAGUCCUCUAAAACAAAUGCCUGAAACCUUGGAGCCCCAGCAGCACCCAGGCAGUUUCAGGAGUCUGAGGAAACUGAUCCAGCAGCUCUUGUGCCAUUGCAGCCGUCCACAUGAAACAGAGAGCACCAUCCAGGAGCCAGUGGAAGUCAUUGAGACAAUGACACCAGAAGAGAUAGAUGCCUGGGAACAGGAGGAGCUGGACAAGAACGUGUGCUUUGACAGCUGCCGCGUAGAUCCCUCCCCUUUCCAGCUGGUGGAGAGAACCUCCCUGCACAAGACACACACAUUGUUCUCACUGCUGGGCCUCAGCCAUGCCUACGUAACCAGCAUGGGGAAGCUGAGGGGAGUGCUGGCUUUGGAAGAGCUCCAGAAGGCAAUAGAGGGUUCCACCCGCUCUGGGGUCCGUCUCCGACCUCCCCUUGCCAGUUUCCGUGACAUCAGCCGGACCUCCAGCACCGCCAAGGCCGGGCAGGGUGCGCAGGCGUGGGGCCGGGAGGACACCGGCACGGUGGCAGCAGAGGAGGCAGCAAACCUGGGCACCGAGAGCCCUCUGCCCCCCUGCUCACACUCCCCCCAGCCCUCACACUCACAGGAAGAGGGGGAAGUCCCCAGCUCCGCUUAUGCCACAGAUACCGAGUUGGAAGAGAUGGAGCUAACAGGGCGAGUUGCUGAAAACAUCUCAGACAUCCUCAAGGACAUAAACCUACGUACCACUGACCUGGAUGAAGAUGAAGAUGAGGAUGAGGAUGUUCCCCUAUAGCUGGUGUGAGGGUAGCAGUCCAUCACACUCUUCAGUGAGCCAGUCUUCUUGCGUUUGCUCCUCCAGGAGAAGCUUUUGGAUGUUCUUUGCAAUCCCCACAGAGGAACGAUUCAGCUGGGAGGAGGGACAUCAGACUGACCUUUUCUUUUGAUGCUUUCCCUCUGGGCAGGCUGUUGGGCUGCUGGACUAUUGGGGCAUGUGCAGUGUCAGAUGUGGACAGCAAGGAGCCUGGGUGCAGGCAGAGCCCACUGUAACAGGACAUGGAUACUGCUGACACAGCCUGGAUGCCCUGGGUCAAUCUGCCAUGUGGAAAGGGGAGGAGGAUCAGCUCUCACUCCCCACUGAUGCCAUCCUUCCAGCCACACCAGGCCUGCACACAGCAGUGUACCACAGCCAGACCUCCAGCCUAGAAGCAUACUGCUGCUUCUGACUGCCACCCUGUCCACGCUGCUGCAGCUCCUUUUCACUGGCUCUUAUCUUGCGCCCCUCCCAAACAUUCCCAUGUAGAACAUUUUUAUUCUUUCUCAAUUUUUACUCUGGGAUUUUCCUGGAUGGGGAUGCAGUUAGGAGCUCCUCCUCUGUCCUAUAGCUGAGCCAUGCCCUAAAAACAGAUGGGAGGAAAGUAUUUGGUGUAUGUCUCAUGUCUUGAAUUCAGCCAAGGCUUAAGAAAACACUGGAAGGGAAAAAAGCGUCUUUGUUUUCCCAUCAUCUCUGAAAUUUUAAAACAGAAUGGGAAAAUCUUAAGUGAGGGCAUCCUCAGUGCUGGGGGAAGAGGAGUAAAACAGCAUGUAUGUACCUAUAUUUCAAAAAAUGUUUGUCUCUCUGAAUCACUGUUCACAAUUUUCCACAGUUAUAGUCUUAAAAUAUAAGAACUCAAGAAAAAAAAGUAAUUAUGGAGUGUUAGCAGGCUGCCAAGAAAUACAGCAGAGGGAAGACACAUUUUCUACACUUUGAAAACAGGUUUCUUUCUGAAAACUCCUGCUCUCUUUUCCUGGUAAUUCUACCCUGCCUACUUUCCACAUAUUUCUGCAUACCUCAGAUCUGAGAAUUCCAGCUCUCACUUUUGCCAGCUUGUCUCUGUUGUGACUAACAGCAGAGACCUCAACCCUUGUCUGCAACAUCCCUCUCUAUUCCAGUUCUAAAUCUGGAGCAGAUCUGCGUCUUGCAAAAAGAUGUCUUGUCAGUUCGUGUCAUGCAUGCAAAACCUUGGCAUCCAAAGGUAAGGUGCUGCUUUGUUUAAUUCACCGCUCUUGUGAGGUUUUCUCAGUAAACAGGCAAAAGCAAAUUCUGUGUAUUCUGCAGCUUCUUCUAACAGUCUACAUCUUUUUCUACCAUAUUUUUGGUGUCUCAUACCACUCAGAUGCAGCCCCAAGCAGUCUAUUAGAUGUGUUUCCACUUAUCAGCAACAGAGAAGAAAUCCAGGCUCUGAAAAUACAUUCUUGGGGAUAAUCUCAUUCCCCUACCUGACAUUAGUAAAGCAUUAUCUAACUUAGACUGACCAGUUCUACUUUAACACGUGAUUUUCCAUAAGCCAUCUCAGGAGCAAGUGAAAAAUACCAUUACUUCUAACCCAGUCACCAAAGGAAAAUUCCCUCCUGGCUUUAAUUCCAAGGAUUGACCUUGCACCAAUUGCUCUCUGAUGAUGCUUAUGGGUGGGAGAGUCUGUGACAAACUUACAGUAAAAGGAAAUCUUCCCUGCUAGUCUCUUGCAGAGAGAGAAAUUUAUUCCUGCUGUCUGGAGCUCAGAGCCCACCAGGUCUGUUCUGUUUCAGGCACAAGAUCACCCUUGAUGAGCUAACUGGGGACAGCCCUUCCCGCCUUAAUGAUGUGCUCCAGGAGCCAGCCAGUCCUUGUGAGGAGACAGUGGUGAUCUGAGGCCCUUGCACACAACAGCUGCUUGGCUCCACCAGAGGGGCACCUUUGUGUCUGCCAGGCACGAGCACUGCCUCCCCACUAUCUUUGUGUCACCUUCUGCUGCCUGCAGGAAAGAGGCAAAACAACUGCUGCUUUGUUUUUUUCCUCAGGGAAUUGUGAUAGUCCCUUAUAUAAGCAGAGGAAAAAGGACAUUCCUUUCACAAAAGUAUAAAUAUUCAGUGAGUGACAACACCGAGAUCUGAGGGUGCAGGCACACCUAAGAAGGAUGAGUUUCUCCAAGUCAUCCCCAGCCUUACUGUGCAGGCUUCUAUUUUACAGCUUAAGCACAGGCUUCCACUGAGACAGAUGAGACAAGGAGAAACUUUGAGGCUGGAGUCAGCACACCUCCCCCUCCUCUCUCCUGCAUGCAGAGAUAUGCUCUGCUCCAGUCCCACACUUCUCCUACAGUGUGUUACAGAAGAACUGGGAUGUGAGUUGCUGAGAAAGCAGAUGGGAGUCUAAAUCAAAGCCAGUGAGUGUGUGAGUCAUGACAGACAGAUUGUGAGCUGGGGGAGAUGAAGCUGGAACAAAAAAUGAAGCACAUGGAGAGGCCUGGGGAGUGAAACACUGGCUAACCUGGAAAGCUUCCUGAGGCUCAUCACUUGAGAUUGCAGGAGAACACACGUGUGCCCACACAUGUGGAACACACAGGUUCCUCUCCACUCCUGUUGCCUUGAGCUGUCCCUGGCUUACUGCGAGGAGCAGGAUUGCUCUCUGGGGGGAGCUGAAAGGUGGCUGUCACUGCUGCUCUUUGUGGACACUACUCAAGAUCCAUUCCAGGUAUUGCCUCCACACAUGGAACAGAAGCAGCAUCCAUCUGCACCAUUUUCUCACCUUUACUCAUACAUGAAAAUGUGUAAGGAGCCAGGAUGGGACAAAAAACACUCUGCAAAGAUGGUUUGCAAAGGCUGAAGUUGUUUCCAUUUCCAUCCUAUCAAUAAAAUCUUCACUGAGCUGAUGCCAAGUACAUUAAUAGGUGCAAAAUGUGCAGUAAAAUAAUACUAAGCCUACCUUUGUCAAGGGAACUUUAGGCUUGUGCACUCUCAGGCUAUCCCACUACACCCCCUCAAAGUUUAAGCUUGAAACCUUUGUCCAGCAAACAGUCACACUGAUCUGUCACUCUAAAGCCUGCAUCUCCCAUCCUAUCCAAACAGUACAGAUUUGAUAAGCUACAGGGAAAAACCUUUUUUUCUCAACCCAAAAUAUCCCCAGAAUUUGUAUCAGCUAAGAGGUCUUCCCAUCCAGAAAUUCACAUCUAGCAAAAAACUGAACUUUUCCUUCGCACUUAAGGGUGAAAGCAGAGUCUUGUUUUUAAAUGCAUCAAUAUGAAGAAUUGAAAAAAUAGGGAAGACUUAAGGUUGGUAAGACAACAAGUGGGGCUUUAGAUAGGUGUGACACAGCUAAGAGACUUGGCCAUGAGCCAAAUAAAGGAGAAACACAUGGGGAUGAACUACUGAACAACG